CAGGCGCAGUCGCUCCUCUGUGCGCUCUACUGUUUGCAUUGUGUCUGAACUGCCGGCGAGCUUUAAAAAUAUUAUACCCACCGCGGCAAUGUCGGGCAGGUCGGUCCGAGCUGAGACCCGGAGCAGGGCGAAAGAUGACAUCAAGAGGGUUAUGGCCGCGAUUGAGAAAGUACGAAAAUGGGAGAAGAAAUGGGUGACUGUUGGAGACACGUCCCUUCGCAUCUACAAGUGGGUCCCAGUGACGGAGCCCAAAUCAGAUGAUAAGAACAAGAAUAAGAAGAAGGGCAAAGACGAGAAAUACGGCUCAGAGCUGACGACCCCAGAGAACAGCUCCUCUCCAGGGAUGAUGGAUAUGCAUGAUGACAACAGCAACCAGAGCUCCAUCGCUGACUCAUCCCCAGUCAAACAGGAAAACAGUUGUAGCACCAGCCCCACCCCAGAGCCCACCACCGUGUCCCACCGCGAGAGCAGCGAGGCCAAGACUGACCAGAGCCCGGACAGCAAGAGGGGUAAGACCACCCCGUCAUCAGAGACCUCAGAGAGAGCACAAAGUGCCAAGAGAGACAGUCUCUCCUCAGGGGAGAAGGAUUCUUCAGACAGCAAAGCCACUCAGGACCUAGAGGAGGAGGCCCCGCCCAGCAAGAAGAGCAAACUGGAGUCCUCGUCUCAGAACUUUGAGGAGAGCUAAACGUUCAUUUCUCUCCUUCGCCCUCCUCCUCUCCCUCUGCACCUCCCUCCAUUAACUCUAGAUAAUUUAGGGCUAAUGGACACACCAGCUCUCUUCCCACUCCUGUUACUACCCCGCCUCCUCUUCUCCACCCAAACGAUACCAAAGGGAGAAUGGACGUCUCUCUUCCCUCCCUCCCUCCCUCCCUCCCUCACCCCCUCCCCUCCUGACGGCUGUUUCCCCUCCAGUUUGUCCAAACACUCCUCUGCCACCGAGGGAGAAUGGAUAUUACCUCUGUUCACUGCUCCCCUCCGUGCUUCCUUCCAGUUCUCCACUUUUCACUAAUGCCAAGAGAAGCGCUGAACCCGGGGCUGCGAUCCCCUCUGUGACCAGGGGGCGGCGCCGUCAGCCGAGCCCAGCCACCGCCAGGCCAGACCACAAACACUGACCUGCAUCUGUGACUAAAAGAGUUAACACUGGGGAUCUGAGAUUAGGACGAGGUCGAUCCCGGACGCUGCUCUGAGACCCUUUUAAAACGUUUUACUGCUAAUGGUUUAGCUCAGGAUACCCGAGAGGCUAACCUGGUCUCAGAUCAGCGGCUUCGGGGGGAACCUCCACCCUAAGACCACAUCACUUCAAUCCUCCCGAUUCGCCUCCUGUUAGACUAAUGUUCUAUAUUUGUUUAGGAAAUGUUUAGGGUUUUUUUCUCAGGAGGGUCAAUGCACUGUUAUGGUAUGUCACAAUCGAUCACAGAUAGAUUUGCUGCUGUAGUGGAAGUCUUUUUUCUCUAUCCAUGAAAAGUUCUCCAUUCACAUGUUUUUAAAGUUAGUUUGUGGUUCGUAGAAGAAGAAGAAGAUGAUGACGACGGUACAGGUCAGGAUCAACUCUCGGAUAAGUAGUGGAUGCGGGCGUAGCUAGCGUAGGUCCUGAAGGCGUGCCUUGAGUUGCUACGAGUAAAAACGUUUUAGGUCAAGCAGGUUUUGAAUUACAACUUUGGUGCCAAGUUUUUUUUUGUUUUUUUUUGCCUUAUAAUCAUCACUAAUUACUAUUAUCCAAUAUUUAUAUUCAACUACGACAGUUUUUAUUUGAAGGAGCAGGUCGACAUGUUGGGGAACGGUCCUGCAGAGAGUCAGAGGGGAGGACUGACUCCACUCACGUCUGUAUGUUAAACAUCGAGCUCGAGCUGGAGAGCUGAGCUCGCUCGGUCUCUGUGCAAAAUAAUGUUCAUUAGUGAGGCUGUUUUUUUACCUCCCAGCAGAACCAGGCUAGCUGUUUCCCACUAUUUCCAGUCUUUAUGCUAAGCUAAGCUAAGGCUGUAGCUUCAAACACACAUCCUCUCAUCCAGCUCUCCUUCCCCAUAAUGUGGAACUGUUCCUUCGAAGCGGUUGGAGACUGGAAUUUGAACACUACCCAGAAGCUUUUUAGUUUUGUCUUCUGGAAAGUUUAACAUCUGCAAACCUCGUAAGUCAGACUCUCUGCUCACUGGUCUGCGUCUGCUUCAGGUGUCUCUUCUUUCCCUCUAAAGUAGAACCAGACCAGGUGCAGGGGCUGGUUUUCCCGUCUGGUCGCCAUCGCCGCUCGUAUUUAAUCACUCCUCGUCUCCGUUCUGCGUGUCACUACUUACCUUUGACCUGCAAAUGUUUCUGUAGCUCCAGACAGAAGGGUCCAGUCUUUUAGCUCAAACAUUGGUUCUAAUCCUCCUUCAAGGUGCUGUCCACCGGCUGAAUCCAUACACGCGUGGCAUCGAGAUCUCGGCUUUGUGCAGAUUUGUGCAAUUUACUUGAAUUUCAUAGUGCGGAUUCAGACCUGUGACCUCUAAUGUACAACCUCACACAUGUCAGAUUUACUUUGGUUAAUCAACGCUUACUUGUGAACAUGGAUUGGAAACGAUUGACUCGCAGACCCAUGACGUCAUAACCGAAGAGGGGCUGUAGAAAACUUUGACACAGAAUUACUUGAUCCGAUUUCAGCGAAUCAGCAUUCACAUGGAUGGAGAGAAAAGAAACUAAAACAUGACAAUUGUCUCAGUUUAGAGGAUGGAUUAGCAUAUACCUCAUUCCCAGUCCAGCAGCGCUGGAACUUAAAAUGCUAUUGUAUUGACAUUAACAGUUAUAAACAGCAUUAUGUACACUCAGUUUAAAAAAAAUCUCACUUAUGUUGUAGCUUUCACCUGAUUGAGCCGAUUGCUUAUAGUUUGCUCAUAACUGUGUGUUUAAAAAAAAAAAGAGCUGUGAGAUAUAAAAUCUUGUAUGUUUUUUUUUUCUUGGGACCAUUUUGUUUCACUUUAGAUCUUGUACAGAUUUAUGGUUUGGUUUGACUUAUUUAUUCCAUCAGUAGUGCUUGGUUUUUAUCAUGUCCAAUGGUUUUGUUUUCUUAAUAAAAUUCACAAAACUU